GAGGCAGAGAAAUCGGACCUGGCGGAAGCGGCGGAGCCGGGAACGAGCAACGCUUCAGGCCCGCGUGCCGCCGACCUCCUGGGCAAGGUCUUCAAAGGCACGGUGAAGAGUUUCAACGUGGCGCGGGGCUUCGGCUUCCUCACCUGCCCCGAGCUGAAGGGCACACCGUUCUCAGGCCGCGACAUUUACGUGAGCCUUGCACAGGUUCCAGAUCAACGGCCCUUGACCACCGGGCAUGAGGUGGAGUUCACCUUUGCAGUGAAUCAACAGGGGCAGCCGCAAGGGAAGGAUCUGAAGAUGAUGAACAGCUCCCCAGAACUCAAUUAUCUGGGUGAGCUCCCCACAGCGCAGAGCGUAGGCGACAAGCUGUUACGACGCGUCGACUGAACAGCGCAGCGGCGCAGCGCGGACCUUUCGGACGCGAGAAGGUCACCAUGGGUCAACGAAGCAGCAGAACAUGGG